AGAUGCCGGCGCCGCCUCUCCUGCUGUUCAGGAAGCUGAGUAACCCCGACCUGUCUCCUGCCGCAGGAAAGACCAAACUGCAGCGACAGCUCAGUCAGGAUGACACCAGAGCCCGACGCUGCAGUAUGGCUGGCAUCCUCACCGGAAAGCAGCUUCUGCCUCUGUCCAGCAGCAUGCAUGGUGGAGUGAGUCAGCUGGCCUGGCAGCAGCACACAGGAGAACCCAAUAACUUGGUCCGCAUGAGGAGUCAAUCCUUUGGCCAGUCUGCCCCCUCUCUCACUGCGGGACUGAGAAGUCAAGUUUCGUAACCGAACAGGACCACAUGGCGAUGCCAAAAAAUCCCUAAACCAA